CAAAGUAGCCGUUGCACCUCUCCCCUCGCUCCAUUUAAGUACUCACCCAAUGAGUCUCCUUUCCGUCCAGAAAUCCGUGUCUCUCCUUUUUCAUAUAACCCUCCAUCUCCGCUCCUUCCUCUCCCAAAUUCAUCACACGCCCUUUCAUCAACAUUCUCCAACUGUCUUUUGUUUAGUCCCAUGAAUAAUCCUCCUAUGUCACAAACCAAUCCUUCAACCCCAUUACUCUAUGCAGCUAGCAGUAAUCUUAGACUUAGCUUUAGUUGCAGCUGCAGCACCACCACCUCCAGCAGUGAAGUUAGUGAUGAUAGCCCACCAACAUCCUUCCGUUUUGAGCUCCAAAAUGUCGAUUACCAUCAUUAUCCAGGCAAAUCUUUAUCCGGGUCUUACUUCUUUCGCCCUCUCGCACUACUUUCUGACCAUGUCGGAUCUGUUUCUUGCUUGGCUUUGUGUGGUGAAUUCGUCUUGAGUGCUUCACAAGGGAAGGAUAUUAUAGUUUGGCAGCAGCCUGAUUUGAAUCUCUUCACCAAGUUUGGACAAGGGGAUGGUUCUGUUAAGGCUUUAGUAACAGUUGGGAACAAGGUCUUUACUGCACAUCAAGAUAGCAGGAUUAGAGUAUGGAAGGUGUCAAGAAGCUCAGAGAAUGUGUUUAGGCUUGUUGACACGCUUCCUACUACAAAGGAUUACUUGGGGAAGUUCAUGAAGCAGAGUAAUUAUGUGCAGACUAGGCGGCACCAUAAGAAAUUAUGGAUUGAACAUGCAGAUAGUAUUUCUUGUUUAACUGUUUAUAAUGGGUUUAUUUAUUCUGGUUCUUGGGAUAAGACUCUUAAGGUGUGGAGGAUAUCAGAUUUGAAGUGCCUGGAGUCAAUUAAGGCUCAUGAUGAUGCUAUAAAUGGAUUGGUGGCUUGUAAAGGGAUUGUUUAUUCAGCAUCAGCAGAUGGGAAGAUAAAAGCUUGGGAAAAAGAGGGAAAGGGAUCUCAUUCUUUGAAGGGGAUUUUGCAGGGCCAUAAAGAUGUUUCUUUUAAUUCAGUUAUUGUUUCAGAAGAUGGGAGAUGGGUGUAUGGAGGGGGCUCAGAUGGGUUUGUGAUGGGGUGGGAAGCUAGUGGUGGUUUUGUGAGUUGGAAGUUGGUGUCUGAGACGAAAGCACAUCAAAUGGCAGUUUUGUGUAUGUGUUUAAUGGGGGAUUUUCUGUGUAGUGGAUCAGCUGAUAAGAGCAUUAGCAUAUGGAAGAGAGAGGCUUAUGGUAAGCUUUGUAAAAUUGGUGUCAUAUGUGGCCAUGAAGGGCCAGUCAAGUGUUUGCAAGCAUCACCUAAUAGUGUUGGAGGUGGGUUCUUGCUCUAUAGUGGUGGCCUUGACAAGAGUGUGAGAGUGUGGUGGGUGCCCAAGCAUUGCAAGAAGAUCCAAGACGCCUCCACAAUGCAGAGUUCAGAGGAAAAUCAAUGAUCUUGUGUUAGUAAGAUUUUCAAGGCCGGAGAGAUGAAGAACUGAUUCCUCUGUUUUUUAAUGUGUCUUCAGUGCUUCCAAUUUGUUCUUUUUAGUCAGAUUGUGUCAUAUUUGUUGAUUUAUAUUCAAGUGUGAAGUUCAUAGGCAACACAGCAAGUUAAAGAAAAGAGUUGGGUUUUUUCUUUUAGAGAUUUUGAUUGAUUUCUUUCUGUUAUAUUGUUUUAGGGAUUAUGAUUUGGGUGUAUUAGAGAAAAAAGUUUGAGGUAUACCAUAAACAGAGUGGUAUGAUUUUUUUAAUUGUAAUUAGUGUGUGGAGGAUAUAGCAAUGAAUGAAAUAAUUUUUGUUUUUCA